AUGAAAAGACCAACAACGCAAGGCUCUUCAGUUAACUUUGGUAAUGUUGAGAACUCUGACAGCAUUAACUUGAACAUCAAUGGCAACAACAAAACAGCCAAAAAGAGGAAGGUAUUUGAGGAUGCGGGCCCACCAAAAAAGGACGAGGAGGACCAACUCUACAACAUCGCGCAGAACGACACUGAUGUGUUUGCGUCUGUUUUUCUAAAAUUACAAAAGAAUGAACGUAUGAUACAGCCUGUAUUCCAUUGGGUCAUCAAUAGUGUUGAUAUGGCCGAAAAGACCUUGGCAUACCAGAAGGCAUAUCUUGCCUUAACAAGUGAUUCCGGCUUUGUCUUAAAGACACAUGCACAUAAAGGGCUUAUGCUGUCCUCAAUUCUACUUAUAAAACUGCACCAACACUCCAGCCGCAUGCCGGAGCGCAUUAGUACAAAAGAGCUGGACACAAUCAGAAAGUAUGUGUUGGAAGACAUCUGCAACGAGCCUGAAUUCAAUGAUGGAGUCGCUAUCAGGCUUACCAAGAUCAUUACACAACAUCACUCAAAGAAUCAUGCAAAAAACAAGAUCACUAGAGAGGACAGUUUAAAGGAGUUCAGUAGUCUCUGUAAUGAAAUAGCCACCUAA